CCCUGUCCUGUGACUGUCACCUGAGCAGUGCCGGGUGUUUACGGUAUAUAGCGGCGCACGGAGCUCCGGGAGAAUGCUGCUGCUGCUGCCGGUGCUCGGGGCCUCCCUCCUCCUCCUCCUGUCCCUGCCGCUCCCCGGCUCCUGCCUCCCGCUCUCCGGCCCGGGAAAUCUGUCCUGUGCGGCCUGCAAGACGCUGUUCACCGCGCUGGACAUCAGCCUGCAGCUGGAGAGUAACAAGGAGCUGGUGGCGGCUGUGGCGGUGAAGGUGUGUGAGAAGCUACAUAUGGAAGAACCCUACAUUUGCCAGCAGGCCGUUCACCUCUUUAAGCAUGACUUCAUCACAGCCUGGGUAAUGUCGGUGCUGCGCCCUUCGGAGGUUUGUGGGUUACUUCUGGGCACUGACUGUGGACACUGGGAUAUCGGAUUAGACUGGAACAUCACUCUGCCUGCUGGACCCAAGCCCCCGGUGCUCCCACCUGUCCCACCUCAGCCAGGUUCUCCAGUCUCUCGUGUCCUCUUCCUGACCGACGUGCACUGGGACCACAGCUAUUCCCCAGGGGCCCCGUCCAGCUGCAAGGAGCCCCUGUGCUGCAGGAACCAGACAUUGGGUGGUUAUGGGACUGCUGGAUAUUGGGGGGAGUACAGUUACUGUGACCUUCCUCUUCACACCAUCCAAUCCCUGCUCACACACGUUGCCAACAAUGGCCCCUAUGACCGUGUGUACUGGACAGGAGACAUCCCGGCCCAUAAUGUGUGGGAGCAGACCAGAUCGGAACAGCUGAACGCACUCAGAACCAUUACUCGCCUUGUCAGAAAGUACCUGGGUCCAGUACCAGUAUACCCGGCUAUAGGAAACCACGAGAGCGCGCCAGUCAAUGGCUUCCCACCACCCUCUGUCCAUGGCAACCUGUCCUCCAGCUGGCUCUACCAGGCUAUGGCAGAAGAGUGGGCAGAGUGGCUGCCACCGUCCUCCCUGGAGACUCUCAGGGCCGACGGCUUCUACACCCUGCUGAUCGGGCCUGGCUUGCGCUUAGUGUCUCUGAACAUGAAUUUUUGUGCUGUUGAGAAUUUCUGGCUGCUGAUCAAUUACACGGACCCUGCUGGGCAGCUGCGGUGGCUGAUUGACGUUCUCCAGGGGGCAGAGGACAACCGUGAAAAGGUCCACAUUAUCGGCCACAUCCCCCCGGGGCGCUGUCUGAAGAGCUGGAGCUGGAAUUAUUACCGGAUUGUGAACAGGUAUGAGGGCACCAUUGCUGGACAGUUUUUUGGACACACGCACCUGGAUGAGUUUGAGAUAUUUUAUGAUGAGGAGACUCUGAGCCGGCCGGUGUCCGUGGCCUACAUCGCCCCCAGUGUCACCACCUACUUCAACCUGAACCCAGGUUUCCGCAUAUACCAGGUAGACGGGCAGUACACGAACAGCUCACACGUGGUAUUAGACCACGAGACCUACAUCCUGAAUCUGACUGAAGCCAACAGCAAUGUGAGAGAGGAGCCUCGCUGGAAGCUCUUGUACAGCGCAUUAAACACGUACGGAAUGAAAUCUGCUUAUCCGUCAGACUGGGAUCAUCUGCUGCAGAGGUUCCUGCAGGAUGACGGCCUCUUCCAAACCUUCUGGUUCUUGCACCACAAGGGCCACGUGGACGUUGUCUGCCAGGAGUCCUGUAAGAGGUCUGUUUUAUGUGAUCUGCGGUCGGGGAGAUCCCACGAUCUCCAGCUGUGCAAGGAUCUGAUACAUGAUGGGAAACCAGCCUGGGAGCGGAAACCUCGCUGCUAACCUGUCUCACAGAGAGACGGUCUAUCCUCCAAUCCCAAAGGUCGAUUCAUGAGGAGCAUCUACAGGCUCUUCCAUUACACGGAAAUGUUACUGAGCGUAAAGGAGGAAGAGAAGAUAGUAUUAUAUUGUUACCUCAGGAAUCCUCAGAGCAUAUCACACACUUAGCAGAGAGAGGAAUGGCUUCCCUGGGAAUAUCAGGGAGAUGGAGACAUCGGCUUCUGCUGAGACACUUCCUGGAAACUAUCGGCUGAUGGAAGUAAGCGCUGGCCACAUCUCAGGACACACUAUGCAGACUACAGCAGGUAUAAGCUUAAUGGUGCGGACAGAACAGGCUACAUCCCACUCUUUAUUUGCUCUUCUAUAAAGACACACAGGGUGUACCACCGUAUCUGGCACCUUACGGACAUGCAGUGAUCAACUGAAGAACAUUCUACACAAGGAACUCUUUACAGGUCACAUCCAUGUUGUGUGAGAAUUUCCUUCUGGAUGCUAAUGACAACUAAUUGUUUUACCAAUAUGACUGCACCCAAACCUUCAGCAGCCUCUUAUCCACCCAUCUCCCACCUGCCCACUCUUACAGCCUUUCAUCCACCUUUCUCCCCUUCCUACAGUGUCCCAUGUAACCCCAUCAUUCUAUAGCCUCCACCCAACAAACAUCUCAGCAACUUCCACCUGCCCACUCUUACAGCCUUUCAUCCACCUAUUUUACCUUUCUACAGUGUCCCAUGUACCCCCAUCAUUCUAUAGCCUCCAACCAACAAACAUCUCAGUAACAUCCCCCCUGCCCCACUCUUACAGCCUUUCAUCCACCUAUCUCCCCUUCCUACAGUGUCCCAUGUAACCCCAUCAUUCUAUAGCCUCCACCCAACAAACAUCUCAGCAACUUCCACCUGCCCACUCUUACAGCCUUUCAUCCACCUAUUUUACCUUUCUAGUGUCCCAUGUAACCCCAUCAUUCUAUAGCCUCCACCCAACAACCUCCUACAUGUCCCUCUGUAUUGAGUAGCCUCCCACCUACUCCCAUUAUUCUACAGCCUCCACCCAACGAACAUCUCGCCAACCUCCCGCCUGUCCCUCUGUAUUCAGCAGUUUCCCACCUUUCUCCAUUAUUCUAUAGCCUCCCACCCAAUUCACAUUCACCAACCACCAGCCUCAUCUUUCAUCUGCCACCCUUUAGCAACCUGCCCCACUCUUACAGCCUUUCAUCCACCUAUUUUACCUUUCUACAGUGUCCCAUGUACCCCCAUCAUUCUAUAGCCUCCACCCAACAAACAUCUCAGUAACAUCCCCCCUGCCCCACUCUUACAGCCUUUCAUCCACCUAUCUCCCCUUCCUACAGUGUCCCAUGUAACCCCAUCAUUCUAUAGCCUCCACCCAACAAACAUCUCAGCAACUUCCACCUGCCCACUCUUACAGCCUUUCAUCCACCUAUUUUACCUUUCUAGUGUCCCAUGUAACCCCAUCAUUCUAUAGCCUCCACCCAACAACCUCCUACAUGUCCCUCUGUAUUGAGUAGCCUCCCACCUACUCCCAUUAUUCUACAGCCUCCACCCAACGAACAUCUCGCCAACCUCCCGCCUGUCCCUCUGUAUUCAGCAGUUUCCCACCUUUCUCCAUUAUUCUAUAGCCUCCCACCCAAUUCACAUUCACCAACCACCAGCCUCAUCCUUCAUCUGCCACCCUUUAGCAACCUGCCCCACUGUUACAGCCUUUCAUCCACCUAUCACACCUUCCUAUCGCCCACCUACCCCAGGUUUCAACAGUCUUCACCCAACCAGUAUCUCAGCAACCUCUCACCUGUCCCUCUGUAGUCAUCAGCCUCCCACCUGACCCCAUUUUUUUGCAGCCUCCACAUUUACCAGGAAACUAACCAGAUGCACAUUCUUUAUCUGCCACCCACCUCCCCUUUCAGCCACCUGCCCCCUUGUAGUUAAGGGCCUAAUUCAGAUCUGAUCGCUGGGCUGCGUUUUUUGCCGCCCUGCGAUCAGAUAGUCACCGCCUCCCUGAAACGCUUGCACACGCCUGCGUUUCUCCAGACACUCCGUGAAAACGGUCAGUUGCCACCCACAAACGCCUUCUUCCUGUCAAUCUCCUUGCGAACGCCCGUGCAAAUGGAUUCUUCGCACAAUCCCGUUGCUGACCGGCGAUCCCCAUUGCUGCGGUCCGUUGCGCCUGCGCAUUGCGGCUCAGACGCAUGCGCAGUUCAGAUCUGAUCGCAUGCUGUGCGAAAAAGCACAGCAGCGAUCCGGUCUGAAUUACCCCCAAAGUCUCCCACCUCACACCAUUAUUCUAUAUCCUCCCACCCCGUACACACUCUUCAGCCACCCAACCACUCUCCGUAUCCUUUAACUGCCGACCUAGGAACGCUUCAACAGCCUUCGCACCUUCUCCUCAUCCCAGCCAGUUCUUCAGCACUCUCCCAUCCAGCAAUGCUCCCCCUGCCCGCAGUAACCAUCCAUCCGCCUGCUCCACUUUUCCUCAGCAAACAGCGUUCUCUCCACCCGCCACUCCUUUCACUAGACACCCACCCACCCAUCCCACCUUCCAACAGCUUCUGAUCCACCAAACCUAUGCCACAGCCUCUCCUCCACGUGCCCAGCACGUACCUCCCACCUCCGCGCAGCCUGCAACAGGACACGGGACAUGGAGUGGAGGGUGAUUUGCCCGGAAACGCUGCCUUUCUGACAUUUAUUUGGGCAAACUGCCGUAUGUGUUAGAAUCAAAUGCAGUAUUUAAACGCGGCUCAUCGCAACUCGCCAUCACGUCAUAUUUCAGUAUUCUAAGUACAGAUUGUCAGAUGUAAUCAGCUGCAGAUCAGAGGCAAAUGGGCCGGAACAAAUCGCCAGACAGAGGGGCCUGAGGCUGGCGUGCUGCUCUGAGCGCAGUUAUCUGUCCAGCCGCAGCGUAAUAAGGAGCCGCAGCCACGUAUACAGUACAAUGGCAGCAGUGCUUACAGGACAACAUAAACCAUAAUUAUAUUUAUGGGGCACAAUUAUUUAAUGAAUUUAUUAUUCAGGGGACAGUGAAAUACUAAAUAAUACAAUAUGCACUAUACUGGAUAUAAUUAAUUAUGAAGGGGCCAAUAUUAUUAGCAAAUGUAAAUAGUGUUGCAAUUUUAUUGUUAAUUAGGGCUGUGUUAAUUAAUGAUAGAAGCACCAAUUAUAUUGCGCUUGUAUCAUGCGUGUGCUUUCAUCAUGAACUAAAAAAUAUUACUGUCCCCGUUCAUCCUAUAUAAUAAAUGGCUGACGCUGCUCCUCACCUCUGUGGGGGGAAUUCAAGUGUUUUGCCUGUCUGCGGCCACAUGCAGGGCAAAGCCGCCAACACUGACAUUACAGUUAUGUAGGUCUGUCUUAUGACGGAACUACAUGAAUAUUUUACUGAUCAAACUGUCCCCUUAAGUAUAUUCUAUAAUGUUGUUCACUUAAGAAACAAAUUAUUAUUUUAUAAUUUAGUAUUAAAUUACCACCAGUAAUUAAUUAAAUUAUUGCGUCAUUAGGUAUUAUGUAAUUAGUCAUUUUCCAGCUGUGUCGGGUUUGGCCGCACGUUGCCGCUGAUGCUCUAGCCGUAAGUCUGGUGAUCACUAAUCGCUAAAUCGCCCUCAAAUGUCCUCUCGUACAUUUCCCCCUUAGAUCAUCAGUAAAUCGUCUCCAGGACAAAUAACGCUGCAGAGUAAUGGACGGAUCGCUGUACUCAUUGGAUGGUAACGAUAGUAUAAGGCAGCGAUUAUUAACGACCUAUUAACAUGGAACUGAUGUAAAUAAUAUCCCCUGUACAGCGCUGCGUAAUAAGUUAUAAUAAUAAGGUCAGACACGAUGCUCUGUGACGGGCCAGGUGCGUUGCGGCGCUGGGAUUGUGGAGCGCAGGUGGAAUCCGCUCUGAUAAUGGAAACGCGCGCAAUAUGGGAGAACUAUUCCGCAUCUUUCUUUCACUGACUUUUUAGGAACUUUUUUUUUUUUUCUGUUUUUCACCAUUUCUGCCGCUAAUUGUGCAAAUGGCGGAGCUGGAGAUUACACGUAUUAUAUACGAGGCUGCGCUGUGGUCAGACCUGGUAAACAGUUAUGUUAUCUAUCCAGAGAGCAUUAAUGUGACUGCGGGAGAGAGAGGGGAUCAGAUCAUUCUGCUUCCGUCAGGAAGAUGGCACCUUUUACUGACCUGUUCUGUUUUUCUGACGGGCGGAUAUGUCCCUUUACUGACUGACGGGCGGAUAUGUCCCUUUACUGACUGACGGGCGGAUAUGUCCCUUUACUGACUGACGGGCGGAUAUGUCCCUUUACUGACUGACGGGCAGAUAUGUCCCUUUACUGACUGACGGGCGGAUAUGUCCCUUUACUGACUGACGGGCGGAUAUGUCCCUUUACUGACUGACGGGCGGAUAUGUCCCUUUACUGACUGACGGGCGGAUAUGUCCCUUUACUGACUGACGGGCGGAUAUGUCCCUUUACUGACUGACGGGCGGAUAUGUCCCUUUACUGACUGACGGGCGGAUAUGUCCCUUUACUGACUGACGGGCGGAUAUGUCCCUUUACUGACUGACGGGCGGAUAUGUCCCUUUACUGACUGACGGGCGGAUAUGUCCCUUUACUGACUGACGGGCGGAUAUGUCCCUUUACUGACUGACGGGCGGAUAUGUCCCUUUACUGACUGACGGGCGGAUAUGUCCCUUUACUGACUGACGGGCGGAUAUGUCCCUUUACUGACUGAUGGACUGAUAACACUUUACUGACCGACGGACGGAUAUGUCACUUUACCGACGAACUGAUAUGUCACUUUACCGACGAACUGAUAUGUCACUUUACCGACGAACUGAUAUGUCACUUUACUGACGGAUGAAUAUGUCGCUUUACUGACGGAUGAAUAUGUCGCUUUACUGACGGACGGAUAUGUCACUUUACUGACUGAUGGACGGAUAUAUUACUUUACUGACUGAUGGACGGAUAUAUUACUUUACUGACUGAUGGACGGAUAUCACUUUACUGACCGACGGACGGAUAUGUCACUUUACCGACGGACGGAUAUGUCACUUUACCGACGGACGGAUAUGUCACUUUACCGACGGAUGAAUAUGUCGCUUUACUGAUGGACGGAUAUGUCACUUUACCGACGGACGCAUAUGUCACUUUACUGAAGGACGGUACAUUUGCUAUCACCACACUGGAUCACACACAAUCAUUACACAUGACACAAUAACACGUAACACUGGGUGACCCCAGAUUAUCCCGCGGUGCUGAGUCACAAUACAGGAAAUGUUGGAUUGAUUAUUUAUAACAAUGUAUAUGAACGACGUGUAAAUAUUUGGACAAAUAAAUAAUAUUCACCAACAA